UUUCAUCGAUGGAGGGGAAUACACACGAGUGGAGUGGUUUGGCUUUUCCUGUUAAUAGCAGUGGUGUGCAGUUCACCCACUUUUUACAGCUAUUCCUUCGUUCUUCGACCCGAUUAUUAUUAUGAAUUUAUCUCGUAUUUGGUUUAUUUUUCGGCACUUCUUGUGCUCUUUCUUCUCUCUUGUUUCGCCGAUUCGUUGCCGAAAUACACACUGACUGCCAGCGAAUCGGACGCUGCGGAAGUGGUCUCUCCUGAAUCUGACGUCCAACAGGACUCUCCCGAAAUCGAGGCAUCAUUUCUGUCCAAAUUGACGUUUUGGUGGUUCAAUGGGUUAGCCAUUAAAGGCUAUCGCAAAGGAUUAACGAGUUCUGACUUAUGGAAACUAAACGAAGACAACAAAACCAAUACAAUUGCCCCACAAUUUGACAAGAAUUGGUUGAAACAGUUGCCAAAGUCGAGAACUGAGAGUCAGAAUAUGGUCUCCUAUCAUAAUAAUGAAGCAAAGAUUGAGACCAAAGUUAUUAAACCGACUAAAAAUCCGGGAGUCGUUACCACUUUGAUGAAGACAUUUGGGAGCUAUUUCAUGACGGGCGCGGUCUUCAAGCUAUUGCACGAUCUCUUGCAGUUUGUUUCGCCACAACUUCUUAAAAUGCUGAUAGUGUUUGUGUCAAAGCCGAGUGCGUUAGAGCCCGUAUGGCACGGAUACUUCAUUGCACUCAUACUUUUCCUGACGGCAUGUGUGCAGUCAUUAAUGCUUAACUAUUACUUCAAUGUGAUGUUUGUGAUCGGAAUGCGAGUGCGAACGGCGCUCACGUCUGCGAUAUACCGAAAGUCAUUAAAUCUAAGCAAUUCUGCCCGAAAGGGGACCACAACCGGAGAGAUUGUGAAUCUCAUGUCUGUCGACGCGCAGCGUUUUGUUGAUUUAUUAACGUUUAUAAACCUGGUUUGGUCGGCACCGCUUCAGAUAUUUCUGGCCCUUUUCUUCUUGUGGCAAGAGUUGGGGCCAUCAGUAUUGGCCGGACUCGCAGUUAUGAUACUUAUGCUACCGUUGAACGCAUUGUUGGCCACAUAUCAGCGAAAAUUGCAAAUAAAGCAAAUGAAAGAAAAGGACGAAAGAGUGAAAACAAUGAAUGAGAUAUUGAAUGGCAUUCGUGUUAUCAAACUGUACGCCUGGGAGAAGUCGUUUAUGGAGAAUGUGUUUAGAAUCCGAAACAUUGAGUUAACAAAUCUCCGAAAUAUGGCUUAUUUGAGUUGUGUCUCCACUUUUCUCUGGACUUGUGCCCCGUUUUUGGUGUCUUUGGUUACGUUUGCAUUGUAUGUAUUGAUUGAUGAGAACAAUGUAUUGGAUGCCCAGAAGGCAUUUGUAUCGCUGGCGUUGUUUAAUCUGUUGCGCUUUCCGAUGACAAUGUUGCCACAGAUGAUUACUUUCAUUGUUAUGACGUCUGUUUCGGUUAAAAGAUUGAAUAAGUUUUUUAAUUCGUCUCAAUUGGAAAAGUAUGUGACAAAAAAUGAAGACACGGAUGCUAUCACUAUAGAGAGGGGAACAUUCACUUGGAAUACAAAAGCAGAAUCGGAUUCUACUGAUAAAACUGGAGACGAAGACAAAACUGAUAUUCCCGUUGCGAACACAUUGAUCGACAUAAACCUGAAAAUACCAAAAGGAUCUCUUGUGGCAGUGGUUGGAUCGGUCGGAUCCGGAAAAAGUUCAUUAAUAAGUGCAAUAUUAGGCGAAAUGGAUUGCGUUAGCGGUAACGUCAACAUCAAUGGCAGUUCAAAGAUAGCGUAUGUCUCACAACAGGCGUGGAUUCAAAACGCGACGCUUAAGAAUAAUAUAGUAUUUGGGAAUAAAGUGGAGAAACAGAAAUACGACAAAAUCAUAAAGUCAUGUGCUUUGGGACCGGAUCUGGCAAUGCUUCCCGGGGGUGACAACACAGAGAUCGGCGAAAAGGGCAUCAAUUUGUCGGGCGGUCAGAAGCAGAGAGUGUCGGUCGCGCGCGCCUGUUAUUCAGACGCCGAUAUUGUUUUAAUGGACGACCCGUUGUCUGCCGUCGACUCACACGUCGCGAAACACAUGUUUGAGAAAGUGUUGAGUAAUGAUAAGGGAUUUCUUCGAGAAAAAACACGUCUUUUGAUUACAAAUAAUCUGAGUUUUCUUCCAUUCGUCGACUCUGUUGUUGUUGUAAAAGAUGGGAGAAUUCACGAAACGGGAACUUACGAGCAGUUAAUGGCAAAUAAGGGCGACUUUUCUGACUUUAUUCAAGAAUUCUCUACUGAACACAAGGAAAGCAAUGGACCGAUGCUUCUGAACCGCCAGGAAUCGGUUAUUAGUGAAAAGAUGGGCCGAUCUCUCAGUAUUGAAAAAGACGCCGAAAUUGAAAAAACUAAAUUAAUUGAAACGGAAAAGACAGAGACGGGAAAAGUGAAGUUUUCUAUUUAUAUGCGCUAUUUUAAAGCCCUUACAUGGCUUUGGCUCGUGAUUGUGGUGAUUGGGAUGGUUGGCAUGCAAUUGGCGAGCGUUGGAUCAAACGUAUGGUUAGCCGUUUGGUCUAAUGAUAAGCCUAUUAACGGCACGCAAGACACCGACCAGAGAAAUAUGAGACUCGGAGUUUACGGCCUUCUCGGAGCCGCACAAGCAUUUCUGGUAAUGUUCGCGGCGUAUGGGAUGGCGAGGGGAACAGUAAUCGCUUCCCGUUCUCUCCAUAAUAGCCUUUUGGAUCGAAUACUUCGGUCUCCGAUGUCUUUCUUUGAUACGACACCUCAGGGAAGAAUUGUGAACCGAUUUAGUAAAGACAUAGAUGUCGUCGACUCCACUAUUCCGCAUACUAUAAGGGGUUGGAUGUUAUGUCUGCUUCAAGUUGUGGCCACUUUCCUGUUGAUUGGUUACGAAACGCCCAUAUUCUUGGUGUUCAUCGCUCCGAUUGGUUUCUUCUAUUAUUUCAUUCAGAAGUUCUAUGUCUCGACUUCCAGACAACUGAAACGACUCGAAGUGAUAACCAUUUGUUUGUGUGAACAGUCGGUCACGCGUUCGCCUAUAUAUUCGCAUUUCAGUGAAACCCUUUCGGGUGUCAGUACUAUAAGAGCUUACGACUCGACUCGACGAUUCAUCGCUGAGUCCAAUCAGAAAGUGGAUUACAAUCAAGUCUUUUAUUAUCCCAGUGUUUGUGCCAAUCGAUGGCUCGGCAUUCGGCUCGAGCUCUGCGGCAAUUUUAUUACACUUUUCGCGUCAGUGUUUGCGGUCUACUAUCGCGACGACUUUCGCUCAAAUCCCGGUUUUGUCGGUUUGAUUAUUACUUAUGCAUUAAGUGUUACGCAAACACUCAAUUGGUUGGUUCGCAUGACAUCCGAAAUGGAGACCAAUAUUGUGUCCGUCGAGCGAAUCAAUGAAUACUGUGAUAACCCAACAGAAGCCGAGUGGGAGAGCGAUGCCAACAAUAAGCCGCCCAACGAGUGGCCCAAUAAUGGAUUGAUUGAGUUCGACAACUACUCGAUUCGAUACCGUCCCGGACUUGAUCUCGUCUUACGCGAUAUCAACACUAAAAUCGAGCCCUUGGAAAAGAUAGGAAUCGUCGGCCGAACCGGUGCUGGAAAGUCGUCGUUAACUCUGGGUUUGUUUCGAUUAUUAGAGGCGGCGAACGGAAAGAUUAUUAUCGACGGCAUUGAUAUCAGUAAAUUAGGACUUCACGAUCUCCGGUCCAGACUUACUAUUAUACCACAGGAUCCGAUUUUAUUUUCGGGAACCAUUCGAACCAAUUUGGAUCCAUUUAAGAUUUAUACUGACGACCAAAUAUGGACCGCUUUAGAGCACUCGCAUCUCAAACACCAUAUUAAAGGUCUUGACGCAGAGCUCGAACACAAAGUGACUGAAGGCGGAGAGAAUCUAUCGCUCGGACAAAGACAACUCAUAUGUUUAGCGCGAGCAUUGCUGCGAAAGAGCCGUAUCCUAGUUCUGGACGAAGCGACGGCUGCUGUGGAUCUCGAAACCGAUUCCUUAAUACAGACGACGAUUCGCAAGGAGUUUAAGGACUGCACUAUUCUGACGAUCGCUCACAGACUCAACACAAUCAUGGAUUCCAAUCGUGUGUUAGUUCUCGAGAAGGGUUUAGUCGGAGAGUUUGAUUCGCCCAAUAAUUUACUCCAAAACCAAAACACUAUCUUCUAUUCGCUCGCAAAAGACGCCCGACUUAUCAAUUGAAUAGCACUUUAAUUCCAGUUUAAAAACAUGCAUUGAAUGCCAUUCAAAUUGCCGAUCAUCUAUGUGUUAGUUUGUCGUCAUUAGCGCACUAUUUAUGUUUCAAAGGAUUAUUUCAUUGUCUCAA